AUGUCAUCUCUAAAAAAACAAAGUAAACAACAACAACAACCAUCAAUAACCAAACAACAAUGGGAGGACAUUCAAGAAACUAUCAAAAGUAAGGACCUAAAAUGUCCAUCCGAGGAUGGUAAGCCUGUGAUACUCUCAAAGUUAUUUGCUCCAACCUAUAACGAAGUCAAGGACAUGUUUAAAGAGACCGAUAAUGUUCUCGAGGACAAAAACACAAAUCAAGGCAUCAAAACGGCUAUGAAACAAGUUGUAAAUAAUCGUGCAUUCAUUGCUUCACCCAAGAACACCAAGAUUAUCCAAGGAUUGUUGCAAAAAAGAGUUGCUUCCAAUUUGUUUGAGAUUGUUGGCAAAAGGGUAGUUGCUCUGGGAAAGAUUAAAAUACGUUUCGAUUUUCUAAUCAUGUGUUACAACACGAGAGCUUGGAUCAAAGCAAUCGAUAUGCCAUACCACAAGACUGAAAUCGACCAUUUCAACAAAAAGAUUGACUUCAAAUAUUCACAUCAAAUCAAAAAAGAAAAGAAAUCAGUUCAAGACAAAGAUCAAGAUGAAGAUGAAGAAUCGGAAGAAUCAGAAUCAGAAUCAGAGGAAACAGAAGAAGAAGAAGAAGAAGAGGAAUCGGAUCAAGACAAUGAGCAAGACCAAGAGGAUCAAGAUGAAGAUGAUUACGAAACAGAAGAGGAAGAAGUGGAAAAUGAUGGAAUUGUCAAAAUGGAAAUCCUUAAAAUGCAAUUCCAAAAUUUGCGAUCCCAAGUCCACCCCUCCCAAGCUGUUCAAUUUAGAAACUAUAUAUUCAAUAACUUGGGUUUCAUAAUGCCAGCAGGAUCCACCAACCAUCAAGAUUCUACCAAUGGUCAUGCCAAUGGUAAUGGAAAUGCUAAUGGUAAUGGGAACAGUCAUAAAAGAAAAUCUACCCAACAACAAAUACCAGAUUCUUUAAUACAUACUUUAAAGAAACAAACGGUAUCAUCACCACCUAAAAAGGAUACAUCACCACCAACUAAUGGUACUCCAACAAGAAUAAACCCUACCAGAGGUUCACCAGUUAAAGGUACGCCAAAUAAAGGUAUUCCAAUCAAAAGUACACCACCAAUUAAAAGUACACCAACUAAUGGUACUCCAACCAGAAUAAACCCAACCAGAGGUACUCCAAUCAAAAGUACACCAAUAAAAAAAAACUGA